AUGUCGUCGCCAUGCAAUGCGGCAGAUGCUGAGCCUGUGGCCAAUGGCAACACUGCCAUCUCAACCAAAUCCGAGGAGAAGGACGACAAGGUGCCGAGUGAGACGGAGACCUUCUCGCGGUUCCGCGAGGUUGCAGCCGAGAUCUCUACCAAGGCAUGGAAGCUUUCUGCUGAAGCACAGGCCAAGGCGCAUGAGAUUUCCGACGAGAUCUCCACCAAGGCAACUCCACUGCUUGCCAAGGCCCAGGCGAAGGCUCAUGAGAUUUCGGACGAAAUCUCCACCAAGGCAACCAACUUCACUGCGGCGGCGCAGGCGAAGGCCCACGAGAUCUCUGACUCGCUCUUUGCCCACAUGCUCAACGCCGAGGCUGCGGCAUCUGCAGCCAUGGCCCGGCGCCGGGCGUUAGUGGGCAUGGUGGACGUCCUGGUAGAGCGGCACAGCGAAGGGCGCUUGAAGCGGCGCUGGGUCCUGGCCGCGGCCAUGGUCACAUUCUGGUACUGCCGGUAUGCGCUGCCAGCGCUGGCAAGCUGGGGGUCUGGCCAUUGGGAGAGGAGUGUGGACGCCAGCGAGUUUGAGGAGACCGUGGGUGGCCACAACUCACACGUCAGUUUUGGUGUGCUGGUCGUGGUCUCUUUGGGCUACCUCUCGAUGUUACAUUGUUCCUCGCGGCUGAUGGAGGCCCGCCUGCCUAUCAAGAGCAUUAUCUUCGAGAUAUUGGUUGUGUACAACAUGACGCAGACGUUGCUGAAUACGUACGUUUGCGUGCGAGUGCUACGAGAAGCUUGGAUGCAAGGGUUCAGCUAUCCGUGGGGCAAUCAGUUUGUCUACACGAAGGAGGGCCAUCGUCUUGGGUAUUUCAUUUGGUUCCACUACCACUGCUGCCAGCUGGAGCUGCUGGACACGGUGUUCGUGGUCAUCCGCAAGAAGUUUCAAAAGAUCACAUUCCUUCACGUUUGGCUGCGGCUGUUAAAUAUGUGGGGAUGGUUCUUUGCCUGCCGCUACGCUUGCGGUGGCGACACUUAUUUUCCAGCAGCUGUGAAUGCUGCCACCAGGGCUGUGGUCUACGCCUUCUACAGCCUGUCAUUGCUGUUCGAGCGAGGAGUGCCCUUUGUGCGCAAAGCGCGCGUGACCGAGCUCCAGAUGUUCCAGUUUGCAAUUUGCGCUUGCCAUGCGCUGUUUUGCAUGUACAGGUUUUGGGAUAUGCAGAUUUCGAGGGCAGUGCUGCUGCUAUACUUCCUGGUGAUGGCCAGCGGCCUCAUGCUGUACACGGACUUCCACUACCAAGCAGAAGGCAAGUCGGAGAGAAAGGUUGAGGCCCAGAGGAAGAUCAGCAUUGCCUUCGAUUCCAGCGGUUGGCUGUAUUGCUAUCACUUUGGCGUAGCAGAGUGGUUGCGCGAGCACUUGGUGCCAGACGAUUUGCAACCGGAGGACGCCGAGUCGGAGAAGUUCCCGAACCACCUGGCCUUCAGUGGAUCUUCCGGGGGUGCCUUGGUCGCCACGGUCCUCUCCUCUGGUCUCCGCCCAAAGGAUGUCUUUGAGGUGGUGCUAACGAAGCAGUCCGAGUGCGCCUACAAUCCCUUCCGGAUGCUUCCUGCAGCAGAGGACGUGCUGCGCAAGAUGCUGCCGCCGAACGCAUACCGCAGCUUAUCCGGCCGCAUACGAGUGCUGCUGACCCGAGUCUCCUUCAAGUUUCCAUUUCUCAGCGCGGAAGUGGUGAACAGCUUCAAAAACCAAGAAGACGUCUUCCAUGCGCUGCGCUCUUCGUGCCAUGUUCCGAUCAUAGGGGGCUUUGGACCCUACUGCUACGAUGGACAUGCCUAUUUUGAUGGCAUGUUCUGGCCGCAGAUGCUCGUUCCCUGGAAAGGCAAUGAAGCAGACUACGUCGUUCGUGUUUCCGCGCUGCUGGCAAACCCUUCCUCUGACAUCAGAGCGCCAUUCUUGCCUGCCUGGUGGGCGAUCUUCCCGCCGAAGGAGCCGAUUCUGCGCGGUUUGUACUGGCGAGGCUACCGUGAUGCUGCACGUUGGUUCAGCAGUAGCCCGGAGACUUCCGCGUGUUGGUCAUGCAAGUCUGCAGCUAGUGCCGAAGGCUUGCGGCGCAGACCAUCUGGCAAAGGCCGUCUCUCGCUGAAGCCAGAGGGUGCCGAGGACGAUAGCGAGGACCGUGACCGCUGGUUUGAAAUCCAGAAGCUGCUGCUCAAGAAGCCAGAUGGCCGAGUACCCGAUGCGGACCCUGCAACUGGCAAGGCCCCCGAAGAGUACAUCAAUCUCAUGGAAGCUGCAAUGAACAGAGAGCGGAUGUUUAUCGGAGGGUCCACGGUGAUGUGCGCCGUUGCGGUCACGUGGAUCCUGGUCAGCUGGCUCUGA